AUGAUAUGUUACUUUAAAGUAAAUUCUUAUGUCAAUAUGACAUUUGAUAAUUAUUAUCAAAAUAUUCGUUGUAAGAUAUGUUAUUCAUUAUUAUCUGUGAAACGAAGUGGAAAAUGUAUAAAACCUGAUAUAAUUGAACGUUUAUGUUUAAAACAAAAAAGUAAAACAGCAAUAACAACAAAAUCAAAAUUUUUUCGAUUAUGGACAAAAAAUACACAAUUAAGUACAACAAAUAGAAAAUCAACUGCAAUAUUUGUCUGUUACCGUUGUUGUGAAACAGUAAAACGUUUAGAACAAAUUCAAUUGGAAUAUUCAAAAUUAAAUUAUGAACGACAUGUAUUACUGAAAAAAUUAGAAUAUAAUUUACAAAAGAGAGUAAACAUUAUACAAGCACAAUUUUACCAUCAGCAGGUAUCACCCAUCAGACGUCGAACAACAGAACAUGAUAGCAAACCAUAUGAAAAUAACCACAACAACAGUACACAUCACGGUUUGCCAAUGCCCAAAUUGAAUAAUGAAAAUUCAACAGCAUCAUUAGUUGGGGCAAAACGACGAAAAUGUAAAAUAACAUGUAAAAUAAAUGUUGAUGAAACGGAAAAGAAUAUUGAAUCAUUAUGGAAAUGCAGUGACAAGAAAAGUCAUUUUAAUUCAACAUCUUCGCCUGUGAAUUACUCACCAUAUUCGAAUUGUGAAUCAUCAUUCUCAAAACGAAAUCAUAGUUUCAUGUAUGGAUCGUGUUCGGAUACAUCCAACAAUCGACCGUUAAGUGUUUCGUUUGGUGACCAUGAUCAUGAUCAACAUGAUCAACAUUCAUAUUCAUCUUCAACUAGUGGUAGUGGAAAUCCUUACAAACCCCUCAAAUUUGCUGCUCAAUCAUCUCCUGCUCAAUUUCUCGAUACCGGUGCUUUAAUUGCUAUCGUUUCAACUCCAAUGGGUGCUAUGCCAACAAUUUUAUCAAAUCCAUUUAAUAUCAAAUCUAACCAUAGUCAUCGACCGUUAAAAACGUUAACAUCAAAUAAUAAAACAUCAAUAACAACAUUAGACAAUAUGGAUACAAAAGAGUCAACUGUACCAUCUUCUUUUUCCACUUUAAAAAAAUUUCCCUGCUUACAAUGUGGCCGAGAUUUUUCGAAUAAAUCAAAUUUGAAUCGUCAUCAUAGCAUUGUACACGUGGCUAUUCGUAGUUUUGAAUGUCUAAAAUGUCCAAAAAAAUUUAAAUUACGACAAGGUCUCAAAACACAUAUACAACGAUGUCAUGGGGUAAAUACAGAUGAACCAACAUUUGUUAAACAAAAUGAAGGAAAAAUUUAA